AUGACGGGCUCAGGUGGCCGAGAGCCCAUCGAUGUGGCAACCGGUACUGCUCCAGCUGUGGAUAAAGGUGAAACCAUUCCCACAAAGUAUGAGCCCCACAACAAAUGGUGGAGCUGCGACAUUCCCACAACACUUUCCCUCGUGCAGCUGGAGGACCCAUCAGUUGGUGUCCCCAGUAGUGAUGUGAGUAGGCGGGCUGCAGAGCUGGGGCAUAAUCACAUCCCUCUUAAGGGUGGCCCAAGUGCUCUCUGGAUCCUGGCCCAACAGUUCCUAAACAGUAUUACCCUUAUUCUGACCAUUGUGAUGGUCAUCAGUGCGGUAUUCGAAGAUUGGGCAGAGUUCGGUGUGGUGUUGUUCCUUAUCUUGUUUAACGCUCUUCUGGGAUUUUACCAGGAGUAUAGCGCAGAGAAGUCUCUGGAGAGCCUUAAGGCAAUGACGGCGGGUAGUGCAAAGGUGCUUCGUGACGGCACGGUGCAGGUUAUAUUCAUUGACGAAGUUGUGGUGGGGGAUGUUAUCAUCAUCGAGCAGGGUUCUUCGGUUCCUGCAGACUGCCGCAUCAUUGAAAGCAGUGGUUUGGAGGUUGAUGAAGCGCUUCUCACAGGUGAAGCGCUGCCGGUAGUGAAACACACCAACGAAAUACCUGACCCCGGAAACAGCUGUGCGUUGGGUGACCGCAAAAAUAUGGUUUAUCGCAACACAACUGUCACACAGGGGCGCGCCAGGGCUGUAGUGUGUGCUGCUGGUGUGGACACGGAAAUGGGAAAGCUAGCCGCUCGACUCGCUGACGGAACCGGAUCUGGUCGUACGGAGUUGAUGCGGAAGUUGGAUCUUAUGAUGUACAUUCUCUUCGCUGUUUGUUUGGGAUUGGCGCUGGUUGUGUUUGCCGCGAACAGGUUUAAGUUCAAGCGCUCAACGCUGUCGUAUGCGACAGCGGUGGCGGUGGCCAUCCUUCCCGAGUCGCUUGUGGCUGUCGUAACAGUCUCCAUGACGUUUUCAGUCCGUAACAUGGCGAGACAGAGGUGUAUUGUUCGUAAGUUAGCAGUGAUGGAAGUGCUCGGCAACGUCACUGACAUUUGCUCCGACAAGACGGGAACUCUGACGGAAAACAAGAUGGUGGUGAAGAAGGCCCUCAUUGGAAUUGAUAACGAGCUCGUUGUCACGGGUGCCCCGCAUGAGCGUUAUGGCACCUUCAUCCGUGAGGAAGGGGAGGAGCAUGUGAACAUGCUGGAGGUGUAUGAAACUAACAAGCUGGCAGUUGAGUUCAUGCGCUGUGCGGCACUAUGCAGUACCACUGUGCUUCACCCCGACAGCGAAGAUGCCGAUUUGUUGAAGGGAAGCGGCAACCCGACGGAAGUUGCCAUUCAGGUCAUGACGUGGAAGGCUGAUGCCCCGCGUAACAAAUUGGAGAAUCAAGGAUGGGAAUGUAUCGCAGAAUACCCCUUUGACUCUAAGAUUAAGCGUAUGUCCACCGCAUGGUACAACAGUGAAACAAAGUCGUUGUACCUCUGUACAAAGGGUGCACCGGAGCGUGUGAUCGACCUCUGCACAACAAAGAUGUUGGAAUCAGGGAAGCUCGCCCCCAUCACCGAUGAUGACCGGCAGGAGUUAACCAAGAAGAUUACGUCGCUUGCCUCACAUGGCCUUCGUACCAUCUGUUUCUCCAUGAAUGCCUCUACCGUUAAUGAAUUUCCUAUCCCUGACGACGAUACCUUCCAAGUUACCCACCCGCGUGAGACCAUUGAACAGAGCCUCACGUUUCUCGGUAUUGUUGGCAUUUACGACCCACCUCGGCCGGAGUCACGACCGUCGGUUAUUGCCUGCCAGCACGCUGGUAUUGUGGUGCGCAUGCUGACUGGUGAUCAUGCCAUCACCGCCCGCAGUAUCGCCACCAUCUUGAAUAUCAUUACCGCGAAAGAUGGGGAAGACCCGCUAAAGGUUCUGACAGGUCCCGAGUUUGACCGUAUUGACAUGGCAACGAUUGAAGAGUGGCCGGACCUGCCGUUAGUCGUUGGCAGGUGCUCCCCCGAGUCUAAGGUAAAGAUGAUUGAAUGCCUACACAAACGGGGGCGUACGGUGGCCAUGACAGGUGACGGUUUUAAUGACUCACCGAGUAUCAAAUUUGCCGAUGUGGGUUGCGCCAUGGGAUCCGGUACGGAUGUGACAAAGGGCGUGGCAGAUCUUAUUAUCACAGACGAUAACUUCGCCACGAUUGUGAAGGCAGUGGCGGAGGGUCGACGUAUCUCGCAGAAUAUCCGGAAGUUUGUGCUUCACCUCCUCUCAGGUAACGUUUCGGAGGUUAUUGCCCUCAUCUGUGGUUUGCCUAUCCGUUACAUGGGGGAAGCUCUUUUUGUUCUCUCUCCUGUGGAAAUUCUAUGGCUGAAUUUGUGCACCUCUGCACCCCCCGCAACGGGUCUCUCGUUAGACCCCGCAAGUGCUGAUGUUCUUCUUGUACCACCGCACACGGCUGGGUUAUUCACAUUUGAAUUGGUCACGGACUUCCUUGUCUAUGGAUUCUGGUUGGGUGGUCUGGCGCUCUCCGCUUUUGUGUGGAUCAUUUACGGUAUCAACGACGGCCCCAAAGGUGAAAACUGCAACGAACGUACCGCAGUGGGAUGUGAGAUGGUCUGGCAGGCACGUGGUACCGCUUUUGGCAUUUUGUACUUUGGUCUUUUGGUCCACUCCUACACGGUGCGUCAUCCGCGCCAGUCUGUCAUCUUCAUGAAGUGGUUUGAUAACCCAUGGAUUUAUGGUUCUGUUAUUGUAUGUUCGCUGCUCUUCUUCCCUAUUGUGUAUGUUCCCGCCAUUGCACGCAACAUAUUCCAGCAUCACAGCCUCACGUGGCACUGGGGAAUGAUGGUUCCCGCUGUCAUCAUUUUUGUUGGGUUGUGCGAACUUCACAAAAUCUUUAAGAACUGCCUCUUCCCCGUGAAGCGGCCGGUGAUUGACCGCUCAGAUGAGGAGGAGUACCGCCGUUUUGCCGUCCCAGGACCCGAUGAUGACCGUGACGUGGAGAGUAUUGCAGAAGAUCAACUGCGGCAGUCAUUUGUAUCGGCUGCAGGAAGUAUUGCAAGUGGUGGCCGCCGACGUAAGGGCAGGCGGUUUGGGGGGAAAGGAGGAAAGAUGUAA